AUGGAUAGCAGAGAAGAAGAAUCUGAACACGAAAAUGAGGCACCAUCGUUCUGGACGGCGGAACGCCAAAGAGCCGACGCAAGACGACGGAGACGGAUGCGAUUGCGGCUACUCGAGCGAGAACAACUUAAACGUUUUCAUGCCAGGUUUCGGAUGCGGCGUGAGCUUUUCACUCGGAUAUUAUCAGAUAUGUGUAGUAACAAUCGCUAUUUCACGCAGAAGCCUGAUUGUACGAACCGCCUAAGACAUUCCCCGCUCCAAAAAGUGAUGGCUGCUAUACGGGUGCACGGGUAUGGGUGUUGUUUUGAUAGUGCAGACGAAGUCAUAAAGAUUGGAGGUAGCUCAAUUCGAUGGGCAACAAUGGAGUUUUGUGAAACAAUCGUUCGAGUUUACAAAGAACAAUAUUUACGUGAUCCAACGCCUGAUGAUAUAUCCCGCCUUCUGUCUGAAAAUAAAGCUCGUGGGUUUCUCGGGAUGAUAGACUCACUUGAUUGUAUGCAUUGA